CUUCGAGAUGCCUCCCCGCGCACCUCAAUCCCUCCAGCAGCUCCGCCUCCGGACCCUGCGCAUCCCUAGACCCUUGUCCGCAGUGCGUCACCAAGUUCGGCACCGUCAUCACCACCAACACCAACACGGCCGUUCCCUCCGCGGCCUCCGCUGCCUCGUGACUGGCGGCUCGCGCGGCAUCGGCAAAGCAAUCGCGACGCAGUUGGCCGCGCACUCGGCCCAAGUGACGCUGGUGGGGCGCUCAGAGGAGCGUUUGCGCGCCGCGCUGCGCGACCUGCCAGAGGAAGCGGGGGCGGGGCAGCUGCAGCAGCACGGCUUCGUUGCUGGCGACAUCAGCACCAAAGGCUUCUGGGAGUUUCUUGUGCGCUCGCUGCACCUAUGCGAGACGACUGGCGGUGAGAGGGCCCCGUUUGCGCCCGGUGUCGACGUGCUCGUCAACGCUGCCGGCAUCACGCAGAAUGCGCUGCUGAUGCGCCAGAGCGCCGUUGCUAUUGAAAACAUUGUGCAGACCAACCUGAUGGGAACCCUGUGGGCGUGUAAGCUUAUGGCCAAGCCGAUGUUGGGCCAACAUGCCAAAAGCAAAAAGGAAGAACCCGACAGAAUUGGUCCGUCGAUCAUUAAUGUGUCCAGCUUGUUGGCCAUCCAGGGUGGUGUGGGGUCUGCGGCUUAUGCGACUUCCAAGUCGGGCGUCCUAGGUCUCACUCGCGCCCUGGCAGGUGAACUGGGCCCUUUGGGCAUCAGAGUCAACGCUAUUCUUCCCGGGUACAUUGAAACCGACAUGACAGCAGCCAUGCAACCUGCUGCGCGUGAGAAGGCGUUGGAGCGUAUCCCGCUCAAGCGCUUCGGUGAUGUGGCCGAGAUCGCCGAUGCUGCCAUUUUCCUCGCCACUAACCAGUACGCAAACAACUGCAUCCUCAACCUCGAUGGAGGCAUGAGCGCAGUUUAGCUGCUUCUGUCUGAGAACGUCAAAGCAGAUGGUAUAUUCGAAUUCUCUAGCUGUUCUCUGCUUGUCAACGCCCCGAUUUGCCUGAUCACAGUCUCUGCUGCCCAGUACCGGUAUCCAAUCCGUGUGUACAAAUAUGUUUGCUGUGACUGCCGCCACUCUGCUGCGUUGUUGAUCGUCGUCCCACAGAGUGGCGGAGAGAUCAGAUCUAGGACGUCGUAGACAGAUCCGCAGAUCGCUCGAAGAGUGGAUGCAUCAAGAAUUUGAGCCGGGCUGAUAUCCAUUGACUUUCAAAAUGGACAGGAAAAUGGUAUGGCGAUUGGCAGCAUAAGACAGCUGGAGAAUAUACCGUGGUAACCUAGUAGUUUUUGAUGCAUGAGAGGCAAAUAUUACCACCAGUACAGACCGCUACUGUUUAUAACGCUACACUCUUUACAAUGGCCACGAACAACGUAGC